AUGGCGGCGUCCGUGGCCUCCUUCGCGCAGGGCGAGCUCGGCCGCCGACUAGGCGCGCGCUCGGCCGCUCCUGAAGACGCAAGCAGCGAGCCCUCUGCCGCCGGUGCUGCAACUGCGAGGAACGAUCGAGGGGAUCGCAUUUGUGGAUUGGCCGCAUUCAAGAGGAUCAAGAAGAUCGGUGAGGGCGCUUACGGCACCGUGUUGAAGGCGCGCGACCGCCGCACCGGUGAGGUGGUCGCCAUCAAGUCCGCGCGCGACGGCAGCAGCGAGGCGGCGGCGGCGGCGCUGCUGCGGGAGGCCGCACUGCUCGCAGCUUGCGCCGGCAAUACCGCGGUAGUGGCGCUCCGGGAGGUGGUCCGGUCGGAGUCGGGCGGCCUGCACCUGGUGAUGGAUUUCGGCGGCCCGAGCCUCCACGACAUAAUCAGCGAGCGCCGUCGCCGCCAUGACCGCCCGUUCACCGAGUCGGAGGCGCGCCGCAUGAUGGCGCAGCUGCUGGCCGGCGUGGGGUCGAUGCACGCCCGCGGCAUCAUCCACCGCGACCUCAAGCCCGGCAAUGUGCUCGUCGGGGAGAACGACCGCCGGCUCAAGAUCUGCGACCUCGGCCUCGCCAGGUCCACGGCCGAGCCACCGCUGGACGUACAGCUUGAGGGCACGCUCGGUUACAUCGCGCCAGAAGCGCUCAUGUGCCAGAAGGACUGCGCCGAGCCCGUCGACAUUUGGGCUCUCGGCUGCAUAAUGGCCGAACUCGUCAGCGGGGAGAUGCUCUUCCAAGAAGACGACGAGUACACACAGCUAGCUAGCAUCGUCGUCCUCCUUGGGAUCCGUGACCAAGUGUCACAAAUGUCAUUGGGUGUGUCGGAGCAACCGAGCAAGCUCCGGGAGAAGGUGCCGGAGGAGCGGCUGUCGCCGGCGGGUUUUGACGUCCUGCGUGGUCUACUGGAAUACGACCCCAAGGACAGGCUCACCGCAGCAGUGGCACAGAUGAUGCCAUGGUUUGAAGACAAGCAAGACUUCAGGGUGCCUUAG